AUGAAUGAUUUACUUACCCAGCCAAACAAAGAACAAAAACAAGAGUCAAACCAUAAGUUGUUAUUCCUUGUCUUGGCAAUCAGCUUAGUUAUCUCAAUAGUUGUCGUUGUAAUUCUGAUUGUUUUCAUUGGAAAGACAGGUGAGUUUAAAGCAUUCGUCAAAACCGUCAAUGUUCCAAAUGGAAUCCAUCCAGAUGGUGCUCACUACUUACCAAACGGCAAAAUUUUCUUACACUAUUAUACUGACGUAAAUCAGACAGAAUACCAUGCUGCCGUCAUGGACGACAACGGCAGAAACUUCCAUGAUGUAUAUCACGGCACAUAUAAACCAAUUUACAGAUCAAAUGGCGUCAGAGACAUUCCAUUUGCUGAUAACAAGAGAAUUCUUCUUGGAGAUUACAUCCUUGAGUGCGAGGAAGAGCUCCAGAACUGCCAUGACAAAGCAAAGCUUACAAAAAUCAUUUAUCCACCCGAAUUUACAAAUUCUUCAACACUUUGGCUUGUUUGGUCAGAGCCAGUUGUUUCUCAAGACAUGAAGAAGCUUGUAUGGACAAUGCUUGAUACCAAAUUAGGCUCUGUCAACUUCAUUGCCGAUUUAAACAAAGAAGAAGAAGGAUAUAAGUUAAUUAACGCCAAAAUCAUCUCCACUCUUAAGUUUAUCGACAGAGAUCCAUCUACAGGCAACGUAAUUCUCCCAACUGUUCGCGGAGGAGAGAUAAAACAGUUCGUAAAUGGUGGAUCUGCUCUAACUCUUGCAGGAGCCGGCGAUCAUGGCCUUGCACGUUCCGUUUAUCAAAAUCUCGCUUCAAACAACACAUAUUCCAUUACGAACAAGCCAAAUUACGAUGAAACAACCAUAAUGAGCCCAGAUGAGAAACUUGGAAUCACAAUGAGUACAAGAUUCUCUCCCCACACGAACAUGGCCAUCCUAGGACUCAUGCCUGUACCUCACAGUUUCAUGGUUACUUCUGGAAUGAAUAUUUACGCAUAUACUUAUGCUGUAACAAGGGUUAGAUCUAGUAUAAAGGGCAACAUCGGACCAGUAUUAAUCGAUUUGAAGAAGUCCGAAACAGAUCCUUCGUACAUGGGAAUUAAUUUGCACGAAGAUGAUGAUUGGAACUUUGCUUCACCUAUUUCAUGGCAUUACUCAUCUACAAAGGCUAUAUUCCUCGAGAUAUCAAAGGAGAAUUCAACAAAGAACCAAAGAAGAAUAAGAAAAGUCACAUUAUCUCAUUAUUUGCCAUUAAAGAAGGUUCCUACAACAGCAACUCCAGAUCAAAUACCGUACGCAAUUGAUCCAAGUGAAUACUUCAAGGUAAAUUCAUCAGAUUUCGCAGGAACAGUCGCAGGAGAGAAAUCCGGCCAAAUUACAUUCAAUCUUAAUUCAACUUACAAACACGCUGAAUACAAAGAGUACUCAGAUGAUGGAAAGACUACUUUCGAUGGCCAAAUUACAUUUGAAAACAAAAAUGGAGUUGGAUAUUACAGAUUCUCUGUUCAGGCCAAAGGAGAACAUAAAGGAAACGGAAACUUCGCUCUUACAUUCGAUAGAAAUAAUAAUAUCGUCUGGGAUCAGACUUCUGGAAGCGUUGAAUGGGAUAAUCAAUCAAUCAACGUAGAAAUAUACAAACAAUAA